AUGGCGCUCGGAUUUGAGUACGAUGUCGAAAUACCCCGGGGCAGGCUUUUGAUUGGUUCUGUUAUCUUUCUGCUGAUUGUGAAUGAGAUUUACAAGAGACACAAGAACCCAUCUCGAAUUCCGUAUGAGAACGGCCGAAAAUGGUACGAAAUUGGAACUGGCAAGGCGUUCGAGCGAUUUACAGCAGAUCCGGGAGGCUUGGUCCAAUCUGGGCUGGAGAAGUAUCAAAGAGCGUUCUAUCUGUUUACAGAUCUUGGAUUUCAGCUCGUUUUAUCACCGAGCUAUAGCGAUGUUCUACGUAACGAUGACCGCCUUCACCUAGGCAAAGCUCUCGGAGAGGAUUUUAUGGCAGAUGUACCCGGCUUUGGGCCUAUGGCCUUAACAGCUGCGGACGAUAAGAUCGUUCCGAAAGCUGUCAAAAUGAUGACACGUUCAUUGGGAAAUCUCAUCAAGCCGCUCGUCUCAGAGGCAGAACAUGCCCUUGAAAGAAAUUGGACCAACUCUUCAGACUGGCAUCAACCGCCUCUUGGUAGCAGCCUCUGCCGUAUUGUUGCCCAAGUGGAGUCCAGGAUUUUGCUCAAUGACGACCUUUGUCGCGAUCCAGCUUGGCUGAACAUUGUUGAAGAAAUAUCAGUCGCUAUGCCUCUCGCUGCUCGACACCUCCGCCCUUGGCCGGCCUUUCUAAGGAGUAAAAUAUCAUGGUUUUUACCGUCGUUUCACAGCCUUCAAGCUAAACUUCAAAAAGUCAAUGAAAUUCUCAAACCACUUCUUGAUAGAGCCCAGGCUAGAGGUACCAUGUUAUCACAAGAGAAGAAACCUGAUGGAGCUCGACGAGAAUUUAGUACAGUCGAAUGGUUUUUUGAUGCGCUCAACGGUUCUCCAAGUGGUAUCGGGGCGGCACAAAUCGCGAUCACAGUUCCUUCCCUUGAUGCCAUGGCUAUGGCGAUUUCUAAUGUGCUUUGCGAUCUUUCCACUCGUCCAGAUCUCAUCCAGGCACUGCGAAGUGAAAUCAUAGAAGUUAUCGGGAAGGAAGGGCUGACCAAGCCAUCAUUACAAAAGCUCGAACUCAUGGACAGCGUAUUGAAAGAGUCUCAGAGAAUGACACCAGUCAGCUACAUUAGUAUGCAGCGGAAAGCCUUGGAGAAGAUUGUGCUUCCUGACGGGUUGAUUAUACCUAAAGGAACUUAUCUCAUGGUCGGAGCCACGCACAUGAGAAGUCCAUCCGUCUGGCCUGAUGGUGAGAACUUUGACGGAUAUCGUUUUCUCAAACUCCGACAAAAUAGUAAAGAGGCAUCUUAUCUAUAUACUCAGACCAGCUCGAAGCAUAUGGGAUUUGGGCAUGGAAAGCAAGCCUGCCCUGGACGUUUCUUUGCGGAAUGCCAAAUAAAGGUCAUUAUGGUGAAUAUCUUACUCAAAUAUGAGUUCAAAAUCACGGUGCCCAAAGAAGGUCGGAAUAUUAUGUUUGGGCAUCAUAUCGCGCCCCAUCCCAAUAUUGAAAUUGAUGUGAGAAGGCGACAAGAGGAAAUAACCUUUUGA